GGCACUAUGUUGGUGCUAUGCUCUGUGGUCCGCACUGGCUCGCCCAUUUGAGUUGCACAGUCGCGUCGCAGUCCUCGAGCUCUACGCUCGCUUGCUCUACAAAAUCACCAUCGACGCGAACCGUGCUACCACUUACAAAAAAGGUAUCAUUACCUGUAACUACCGGUGGCAAUAAUUGGCGGAAAGGUACUCUGUGACCGACAGAAGGCACCCUUUCAUUAUUGGCACCUGUCAGACACGCGCGGUCAAUUAAUUCGCAUUUGCGUUAAAUUUGCGCUAAAAACUCAAAAAUAAAACUGGAAUUAACGCACCUGCGGUGAUUAAGAACGGGUUGCCGAAAUGCAAAUUCGAUUGCAGUGAAGGGUGCUGGAGAUAUGAUCAUGUUAUUCAAAGGGAAUAGCAGUAGACUAGAGCAUUUGAUCGAGAAAAUUCAGGCUAAUAAAGAGAAUCACGAGGUAUCGUCGGAGGAAAUUAAAGAAGCGCUGGGAAGUGUGGGGAGCACAGCAGGGAGCUCCUGGCCAUCAUCAACUCCGGAGCCGUCCCCAUCACCAGCCUCCACACCCACCUCAGCCGACGCCGUGGAAGCUGAACCCGACGGCGAGCCACCUUUCACGUUUGGGACCACAGAGCACACACCAUACCAAUGCCAGUUCUGCGACAAGGCUUUCCCUCGCCUGUCAUAUCUGAAGAAACAUGAACAGACUCAUUCGGAUCAAAUGCCAUUUCGUUGCGAGUUUUGUUCGAGACUGUUCAAGCACAAGAGGUCACGUGACCGGCACGUGAAGCUGCACACUGGCGACAGGAAGUACCGGUGUUCCCAUUGUGAAUCAGCUUUCUCGAGGAGCGACCACUUAAAGAUUCACAUGAAAACCCACGACAACCAGAAGCCGUUCCAGUGUACCGUCUGCAACCGAGGAUAUAACACGGCAGCCGCGCUCACUUCUCACAUGCAGGGACACAAGAGGGACCGGACCGCGAGAGACAUGGACAAGAGAAGGGGACUCAAGUGUGGUCGAUGCGGAGAGAACUUCCGCCGACAUGACUUACUGCAGGCACACAUGUCUGCUGUGCACGGCAUUGAGACACUAAAUCCGUUGACACCACCGAGACGCGUGGCUUCACAGCCGCUGCCCACGUUACUUGCAUGCAUCUACUGCACACGAGACACAUUCACGAGCAUGGAACAGUUGCAACUGCACGUGAGAGCAUCGCAUUCAGCACUCUUAAGCGGUGAAGCCACUUUCAAAACAGAACAGCCAGCACCCACGGACUUGAGCCGACGAAGCUUAGAAGGCACUCCACCAGUCAAAAGACCAAGAUCAAGUUCCGGCUCAAUGACACCUCAAACAUUGCUAUCUCCGAGUACAUUACUGUGCAACCAAUGCAAUGCAGCGUUGCCAGAUUUUGAGGCUUUCCGUGUCCACCUAAAAGGUCACCUUGAAGAAACAGGGGAUUCGGGAAAUACAAGUCCAACGCCUUGCAUACACUGUGGAGCAAAGUUUUCUGAUCCUUUGGAGUCGGAGCGGCACGUGGCGGCCCAUUAUCUGGCGGUUUCAUGUGAACACACGUGUCAUACUUGCUCCCGAAGCUUUCCAACUCAAGAUGAACUCGUGAAACACUUGUUUGAUCAUCACGUUCACACGUUAUAUAGAUGCACUCUUUGCAAAGAAGUAUUUGAAUCGAAAGUGGCGAUACAGGUACAUUUCGCGAUGGCCCACAGCAGUGAGAACAAGAUAUGGGUGUGUCGGUCGUGCGGCUCGAGCGGCGGCGCCCUGCGGUCGGAGGCGGAAGGUGCGGCACACGUCCGCAGCCGCCACGCCGCCGCGCGCUGCGGCUGCGGCGCGGUGGUCGCCGGCGCGCGGGCCUUGCGGGCACACUGCGCUCGGCACCACAGCUACCGGUGCCCGGUUCCUUCCUGCAGCGACGCAUUCGCCGUCCAGUACUUACUAGAGAGACACAUGCAAGUUCACCACACUAUGCCUCCACAGGAGUUUAACGGCGAUGUAACGAGAAACAAAAGAAUAAACAACAACAACGGAGAAGAAACUCCUUGUGAUUUGCCCGGUGAUAAUGGUCCUAUACCUCCUCCAGAAGAUCGUCGUCGGAAGAACGGCGCAGUUGCUUUACAGUGCGCAUAUUGUGGCGAACGUACGAGGAGUAGGGCGGACCUGGAAGCGCACACCAGGGCUCACUCCGGCAACACUGUGGCGCGACAUAAGUGUCUCAUUUGUGACGAAGUGCUGCCCUCUGCCGCGAUCUUAGCUGAACAUAAACUUACUCAUUGCAAGGUGGUUGCGGGGGACACCUGUGCUCGCUGUCGCUCAAGGCUGCCUUCAGAAGAUGCGUUCCUAACUCACAUGGCUCGUCACCAUCCAACAUUACCAGCACCUUGCAUAAUUUGCCGGCAAACUUUAGCUUCUGAAGCCGAAGCGCGCCUUCACGCUCGGUUCCAUUUACGACCCAGCGAAGACGAACAAAGAUGUGCUAUUUGCUUAACAACGCUCACUGAGAGUGAGUGUGGAGGUGGGGUGCGUGCUUGCUCGUCGUGUUACGCUCGACAUUCAACUCCUCGGCCCCCUCCACCGACAGACAGUGACUGUCGCCUCUGUAGAAGAUCACUCGAGUCUCCCACACGACUCCAAACUCACCUUAUCGAACACACUUUCGCUGGAAUAGGUUCCUUCAGCUGUUACUUAUGCUCAGCUGUAUUCACAAGCGCAGCGGGGCUACAAAGACACUUACCGGAACACCCCACUGCUUCUAGGCCAUACGAUUGUGGUCGAUGUGGUUUGAAAUUCUUUUUCCGAGCGGAAUUGGAUAACCACGCGUUGAUUCACUUAGAAGAAGCAGAAUUGGCCCAGAGGGCGUUUUAUGAAGCGUAUGCUAGAGGUGCUGUGACCGCUUGGGCAGCUAUGCAAUCUGAAACUUCCCCUAAGCCGCUGCCACCGGGCCCUUCGACAACGACAGAGUUGAAAGUAAAGCAAGAGAAUGAAAUUAAGGAGGAGAAAAAUGAUGAAUACAUUGAAGUAUCAUCGCCACCUCCACCGCCAGUAGACCCUGAGCCCUCAGAUCCAACAAAGGUUGUGGUAAAACAAGAAAAACCUGAAGAGGAUAACUAAAUACCGAACUCAGUAUCAAUUAGAACAAGUUGUAAGAGCCAACAUAAAUGUAGUUUAAAAACAUGAUCGUCCUAUGUGGUAUGCGCCGCUGCAAUACUAGAUUUACGUCCCAUUUAAACUAGAUGUUAUUAGAUAUAUUUUGUUAAUGUUAAUUCUUAGUUAAAUUAUUUUGUUAUGGCAUCGCGUUUUAAACGCCAAAACAUGUAUGAACACAUCACUAUUAUAUCAUUUACAUUCGCUAAAUAUACGUUACAAAACUAAACCGCAAUUUGUACUAGGUUCUUGUUAUUUGUAAUAAAUUAUUGUGUUAAGCUUAGAA